AUGAUGGAGCUGCCCCAAGACAUGCAGGCAUGGCUUGUCCUCAUUGCCCGCAUUGCCUUGCCUGUGUUCAUUCUCUUCGUUGCCUUCGGGCCGAAGAUUGAUGCGUGGCUCUCCUCUUGGGGCCCGGCCUAUAGCAAGGAUGAGCUCCUGAGGCAUUGGAAGGCCACGAAAGGAUCCAAGGGUCCCAAGCCUUCGGAGCUGAGCAACCUGACCAUGGUGACAGCAGAGACCGCCCCGCUUCUGUUCCAGAAGCCCGACCUUCCGGAUCGAAGUAAGCAGAAGAAGAAGGGUGAAAAAGUGGACAAGUCUGAAAAGGCCGAGGCCGAAAAGGCUGACAAGGCCGACAAGGCUCACAAAAUGGCUGAAAAGUCGGCUUACUCUGAGAGAACUGACCCCGAGGACUUGGCAAAGACUGACAAGUCCAGUGCAAAUCAGCAGGAGCUGAAUGCCACUGAGGGGUCGGUGAAGCCAGAUGAUGCCGCGAAGCAAAUGCAUUUUGAGAGUUUGAUGAACUACAUGGCCUUCAAUCGGCACCAGCCGCAACGUGUUUUCCUGCCAGCAGGCGACCCACCCCCUCCUAGGAAGCUGGGCUCACAGGUGGCCACCAUCACUGGGAAGGAUGCGCGGCAAGCCAAUUUGGAGGCGCAGAUGGUGCUUAGUGGUGCCUUGGAACUAGAGCUGGAGACGCCUACUGGGCCUACUCAGCCUACAGCUGGAACUCAACUGCUCUCUGGUGUUGCCCGCAGCCUUUGCGACCAACUCACCCAAGCAUCUGUUGAGAUUCAGUCUGAGACUUUUGCCUUGAUGGUCAAGGCGUGUAUAAAGGUGAAUGAUCUCACUGCUUGCAGUGAUUUCCUGUGUCGGAUCGAGGCUGCGGGGCAAGUCCUGGACAACCGGCUGAUGGACCAUGUCAUGGAGCUCUACUGGGAUCAGAAGCGCCAACAGGAGCCACAGGAGCCUCAGGAAACAGCUACAACCAGCCAGAUGCCAGGAGCAUUUAACCAAACUUUCAACCAACAGCACAUCCCCGAGCCCUUUGCCCAGGGAGGCUGGGGGAUGAGUGACCCAGGUCAGCCUGGCUCUGUGCCAUCCUUUGAUUUGCCCGCUUUUUCGGUGCCCGAGGAGUUCAAGGCCGUCCCUGAUACUGGCACCACCCUCUCCUCCGAGGCACCCGAAUUUCGACCUGAAGGGCUGGGCUUGGUGAGCAGUGGUUUGUCACCUGAAGCUGCUGAGUUCCAGCCCGGACUCCUACAGGCCGGCACUGAGUCCUACCAUUUCAAAGCCAAGGGCCACAGAAUCACCAACAAGAUCUUGCCGAAAAUGAGCCCACACGCAGGGAGUUACAUGGCCAACUUCAAGGAGAAAGAGCCUCGUGACAGGUCUUUGUGGGGUGGCAAAGGCGAAGGGGUGGCAGUCAGUCAAAGGGUACUACGACUGUCUUCGAAGGUCCCCAAACUUCGCUUGAUCAUCUUGGUUCGGGAGCCGGUGGAGUGGCUGGAGUCUCUGUACAAUCUGCGGAAGUUUGAGUGUUUUUACCACAAGGAAUGCCCAACGGUGCCAUCACUGGAGGAUGUGAUCAUGAAGGCUGCCACCUUCGAGGACGUGAAUGUGGAGGACCUACGUCGCGCCAUGGGCCAUAAAGAUGGAGCAUAG